AUGAAGCUUAACAUCUCAUUUCCUGCCAAUGGCAGUCAAAAGCUCAUCGAGAUUGAAGAUGAGAAGAAGUUGCGCGUCUUCAUGGACAAGCGAAUGGGCGCUGAGGUUCCUGGAGACUCCGUCGGAGACGAGUUCAAGGGAUAUAUCUUCAGAAUCACCGGUGGCAACGACAAGCAAGGUUUCCCAAUGAAGCAGGGUGUCAUGCACCCAACUCGUGUCCGCCUUCUCCUUUCCGAGGGACACUCCUGCUACAGACCUCGCCGAACUGGAGAGCGAAAGCGUAAAUCCGUCCGUGGAUGCAUCGUUGCCAUGGAUCUUUCCGUCCUCGCACUCAGCAUUGUCAAGCAGGGAGAGGCAGACAUCCCAGGCAUCACAGAUGUCGUCCACCCAAAGCGUCUCGGUCCAAAGCGCGCUACCAAGAUCCGCAAGUUCUUUGGUCUCACCAAGGAAGACGAUGUCCGUAAGUUCGUUAUUCGACGAGAGGUUCAACCAAAGGGAGAGGGUAAGAAGCCAUACACCAAGGCCCCAAAGAUCCAACGUUUGAUCACUCCUCAACGCCUCCAACACAAGCGCCACCGCAUCGCAUUGAAGCGCCGUAAUGCUGAGAAGACCAAGGAUGCUGCCUCCGAGUACCAUGCUCUCCUCGCCAAGCGUGUCGCCGAGUCCAAGGCCGCAAAGGUCGAUGCCCGCAAGCGUCGUGCCUCCUCCAUGCGCAAGUAG